AUGAAUUAAAAAAAGAUGAUAAAUUGCUCACUUAAUAAUUAAUUUAAUUGGUAAGAUAAGAUUCAAGAGAAUUUUUUGGAUUAAAUAACAGGAAGAGUCCUUAUCGUAUCAAUAAACUGCAUAAAUAGAUAACUAUUAAGAAUACGAAUUUCAAUUCAGAGUACAACCAUCUCCACAUUCCAUUCUUAAAUCAAGAUAAUCAGAAGAACUUUUACCAUUUGA